GUGUUGAUAAAUUUCGUUGUUUAUUUGUGUAAAAGCCGCAAGAAAUCUGUAUUUUUAUGUCCGACCACGAAGAACCUCCUUCGAGAUUUAUCGACCAGUACAAAAACUAUGGACGAACGGAGUCUGCCCUGCAGGAAGAACGCCGGCUGCGUUUGCUGGAAAAGCAAAAACAAUCGCGCCACGAAGAGCUCGACGCAGGACGCCCGGGCCUAUUGGAGGAGGUUGAUGACACCCCGCAGCAACAGCGAGGGGCAAAGAAACGGCCAAAGUUUGUCGUCUCCAAAUUGUUCGCCAACAAGGUGCAACUGUCGGAAUGGAUGCACGAAAAGCCGACCGAUCUGGAAAACUGGUUCGUCGUGCCGUGCCCGGUUGGGCAACGGUGUUUGCUCGUGAUCCGAAAUGGACUGGCCGUGGCGUACAACAAGCGAGGUCGUUCCAUCGCGUCGAUCAACACCAGACUUGACCACAUGCGGGGAACAAUCGUCCUAGACUGUAUCCUCUCAAAAACUCGCGUAUUUUACACACUUGACGCACUCGCUUUCCUGCAGGUGGACUUGGUAAACUGUGAGUGCCAGUUUCGGUUCGCCUGGAUCGCGUCCCAGUUUCACGAAAAAUACCUCGCAGAAAAAUUUAGCGUAAAAACGAUGAAGGACAAUCGAGGUUUUCAGUUAAGCUUGCUGCCCGUCUACGAUUUGGCCCGGCCAGAAUCGAUGGAAAGUUGUUGGUCGCGUUUCCCAGCAUUCACCGACGACAAUCCCCGGUUGGAUGGGUAUUUGUUCUACCACAAGGAAUCACACUACGUGUACGGACAGACGCCGCUCGUGACCUGGCUUUUCCCGUUCAUGCUGAACGAUGUGCUGAAGCUUCCGCCGGGGCUCGUCAACGAGCAGUAUCUGCUAGCUAAACCAAUCUCAUACACCGGAGACUACGCGGCAUACAUAAAGGAGUUUGAUCGACUUCAACAACUUCGCAAGCGCAGACCGCGUGGCAGGAAGGGAAACGGGCUUCUCAUGGACACGACAAACGACGACUCGGUACCCGAUGCUACGCUCUGGGAGGCGAUGGAAACCGCCCCACUCGACUCGGACGACGAGGAUCUACGUCCAAGGGAGGAGGAUGCAAUGCGUGAGCUUGAAAUGGAAGGGUGUUAACUACGUACAUGCUCUAUUUACGCCAGCAGAACCUUCUUUUUAUAUGAAUAACUCAUCGUUUGUGAUUUUUGUUUCAUAAGGAAUGUAUGUGCAUAUAAUAAAAACAUUAACAAGAAACUUAUUU